AUGAACGGCUUCCCGGAUGCAACUGCUGCCAGGGGCCGUUGUUGUCUGUUGGUGACAGAUGCCCAACAUGAUUUUUGUGAAGGUGCGUUGCCAGCCCCAGGCGGCGUGCCUGUUGUGCAGAGGAUCGGGGAAGCGCUCAAUCGUUUGAAGCGGCGCAGCCUUCGACCACUUCAGGCAUCAAGUGACCCCAACGCGGGAGCAUGGGACUCUGUAGGUGCAAAGAAUAUCAGCUGCUGUAAAGAGAUCACAAGCGAUGAGUUGAUACGGAGUAUUUCAUCUCCCUCUGAUGCCAGAGAGGAAGGCGAGGAAAAAUGCGACUCAGAGAGCUGGUGCGACAUGGUAGUCUUCUCGCUCGACUGGCACCCGCCUGACCACGUUUCAUUUUUGGCUUCCCACUCGGCAAAAUGUGUGCAUGAUAUCUGUGUCUGUGGAGACGUCAGCCUUUCCGCUGACACGCAGCAGGCGGCCAGGGCAGCUGUAGAAGAAGCCCGGAACUCUUUGGGUGAAGACAAAGACUGGACAGUUGUAGUCCCUCCUUCGCCGCAUCCAGAAGGUGGUACGCCUUCAGUUGUUCGUCUGUGGCCUCCGCAUUGUGUGCAAAACACGCCGGGUUCGAAGCUACAUCGGGUGAUAAAGGUGCAGCUGGGGGACUUUGCGGUAUUUAAGGGCGACAACUCCCUUACUGAAUGUUUCUCUGCUUGCGGAACCCCCAACAUGCCGACGGGGUUAGUACAGCUGCUACGGUCAGCAGGAGUGGACACCGUCGCCGUCUGUGGGUUUUGUUUGGACUUUUGUGUUGCGGAAAGCGCUAUUGGGUUGCGUGCAGCGGGGUUUGCUGACGUGGUUGUUCUGACGGACUUGACUGCUGCCAUUCUCCGAGACAGAGAACAGGAAACUAUGGAUUACCUUAAGUCUCGAGGCAUUCGAUGUUUAACCCUAGAUGAAUUUGCCAAAGAGCUUAAGUAG